AUGGGCCAGGAAGAGGAGCUGCUGAGGAUCGCCAAGAAGCUGGAGAAGAUGGUGGCCAGGAAGAACACGGAAGGGGCCCUCGACCUUCUGAAGAAGCUGAACAGCUGGCAGAUGUCCAUCCAGCUACUCCAGACCACCAGGAUUGGAGUUGCCGUGAAUGGGGUCCGCAAGCACUGCUCUGACAAGGAGGUGGUGUCCUUGGCCAAAGUCCUCAUCAGAAACUGGAAGCAGCUGCUGGCACCCCCUAAAGGAGGAAAAGGAGAGGAAAGAGUAAAAGCAAAGAAGGAAAACGGGCUUGACUGUUCAGAUUGGAAGCCAGAGACAAGCCUUUCUCCACCAAGGAAAAAGCGAGUGGAAGAGCCCAAAGACAGGAGAGACUCUGUGGACUCAAAGUCUUCGGCCACCUCCUCUCCAAAAAGACCAUCGAUGGAAAGAUCAAACAGCGGCAAACCGAAAGCAGAGACUCCCAGAACACCCAGCAGCCCCUCGAGCCCCACCUUUGCCCCCUCUGUCUGCAUCCUGGCGCCCUGCUAUCUCACGGGGGACUCUGUCCGGGACAAGUGUGUGGAGAUGCUCUCCGCAGCCCUGAAGGCAGACGACGAUUACAAGGACUAUGGGGUCAACUGUGACAAGAUGGCAUCAGAAAUCGAAGACCAUAUCUACCAGGAGCUCAAGAGCACAGAUAUGAAGUACCGGAACCGCGUGCGCAGCCGAAUCAGCAACCUCAAGGACCCCAGGAACCCCGGCCUGAGGCGGAACGUGCUCAGCGGGGCCAUCUCCUCUGGGCUCAUUGCCAAGAUGACAGCAGAGGAAAUGGCCAGUGAUGAGCUGAGGGAGUUGAGGAACGCCAUGACCCAAGAGGCCAUCCGUGAGCACCAGAUGGCCAAGACAGGCGGCACCACCACCGACCUCUUCCAGUGCAGCAAAUGCAAGAAGAAAAACUGCACCUAUAACCAGGUGCAGACACGCAGUGCUGAUGAGCCCAUGACUACCUUUGUCUUAUGCAAUGAAUGUGGCAAUCGCUGGAAGCCUGGAAUGCUUUCCCUCGCCUCGUUCUCCACCUCCGAGACUCCUACAGUCUUUGCAAGCGAGCUCCGAAGUUACCUCCUCUGUGAAGACUCCUCCCCUACCCGCCCCCGCAGCUCCUCUGGAGGGUCCCAGGUGAAGAAAGAGAAAAGCACUUACUCACAGAAGGAGGCAAGCCGCCAAGCUGGGCUUGGAGAGUCGUCCUGCCCCCAGGCAGGCCUGAGGAAUAAAAGGAACGGCGAGAGGACAAAGAAGGACUUAAAGCUCUGGAACAAGGGGAAAGAAAAGGCCUAA